AUGCCCGCAGAGGCAACGGAAAAUGUUGUGACUCAGACAUUAAAACCUUCUAUACACAGAAGAAUAUUACCGUACUACCUGGAUAAUUAUGUCAAACAACGACCAGUGAUUGUUUCUUCAAAUUCGGCGAGCGUUUCUCUCUCUCGCUUGCCCGAAGAGCGACGUCCUAAAACGUGUAGCCUUCCUCUUCGGGGCGUCGAUUAUUCGCAAACAAAUAUUGCAGCGGUUAACAAGUCAUAUGCCAAUACUCACCGAUGUCCCCCGGGAGAAGAUAUGUGCGAACUGUGUAAGAGACAUUUUGCGAGGAAACAACCGGACGGCUAUGAGACAUUUCUAAACCAUGUUUUCACAUACAUGGCUCACAGACCGGCAUUAAAUCAAAACGCGAAGCAGCAAUAUAUCAUUCAAAAGCCACACCCACAUUUGCCAGUGUUUGUCUUUUCGAAAUUCUUGCAUCCGAAAAUCUUUUGGCGCGAAAUCAGAAAACCACGUGAAAGGACGCAUCAAAAAUAUCAAGGAAGCAGCCGAACUCCAAAGUCAUUUCAUUAUCAAAGAACUUAUAGAACAGUUUUUAAUCGUUGCCCAAAUUCGCCGGAAACAAACCUUGAUUCCACGGGAAGAUUUGAUAGAAUCAACCUUCAAUUUUCAGAUGACAGCGACACCAAUGACACGAAAAGAAAGUCAGUCGGACAUUCAAAAAGUCGAAAGAAAAAGAUUCGCCCAAACCUAGCCUGUCCUUUCUUUCUUAGUAUUGUAAUAUCUCAACCUGUUCUUUUUUUCUAUCUAUCUAUCUAUCUAUCUAUCUAUCUAUCUAUCUAUCUAUCUAUCUAUCUAUCUCAGUAUUUGAAUAUCUCAGCCUGCCCUUGCUUUCUUUCUUUCUUUCUUUCUUUCUUUCUUUCUUUCUUUCUUUCUAAUUAUCAGAAAGGAAUUGUUAAAAAAGAGAGAAAGCAGAGGAUUCCGGAAAGGAUUGCGAAGGAAGGAAACGAAGAAUAUGCAGCGUCUGAUGAAGAUUUGUCGAAUAUUCCCGAGAAAAACGGCAAUGAAGAGAACGUUGAAAUCAAGAUUGAAAUGAAACCACCUUCACUUCCUCGCUAUCAACCAAAGCCCCCGACACCGAUGACACGAAAUACGAACAAGCAAAAGAUGUUCUUGCUGUCUAAACAACAACCUGAAAACACCCCAGAUACGAACAAAAACCCGCCAAAAAGUAUGUUCAGUUAUUUCGGACAACCGAAUAAGGAAAAUAACACCAAUAAUAAUAAGCUUUAUUCGUGGCUGCAAAGACAAUUGGACAUUUCCCUGCAUGCUUGUCGUUUCGAGUUACCGAUUGAUGGACGAAUCUUGGAAAAUAUGAUGCCCGAGGAUUACUUACGACGUUACUGUAUUGUCACACCACAGUUCCAAAGUCUUUACCAAAAGGUUUUUCGGAAAUAUCAAUGUCCUCAGAUGAUGAGAAUUAACUUUAAGGAUUUGGAAACGGCACUUCGGGACGUUGCUGUGAAUCACGUAAGCGAUGAGAAGAUGGAGUUCGUUCGAACGAUGACAGGAGUUGGCGAGCAAUCUUGUAUCGAUUACAAACUCUUUUGUGCAAUAGCAGCGCUUACGGAAAGGGUCAGCUCAGUGCAAACUAAAAGGUGGGAUAAACUAAGGAAAGGUAAAGAAGAGCAUAUGUUAAAGGAGAUAAUUGAAACGGCAGAUUUCUCAGCCCUGGACUGGAAAUUAAAAGAUAUUGACAUUGGUGACAAAAUGAAACUUCUUUUAGGGACCAUUUGUACAUGA